GACGACUCGGGCAUCGCUAGCCUUCGGUAGACAUGGCCGCUCUCAGCAAGUCCAUCCCGCACAGCUGCUAUGAGAUCGGACACACCUGGUGUCCGUCGUGUACGGUGUCAGUCCUGCAGGUGACAGCCGGCGCCCUGGAGGUCUCCUUCAAGAUAUACGCGCCGCUGUAUCUAAUUGCCGCCAUCCUAAGGAGGAGGAAAAAAGAUUACUACAAGAAGAGGCUCAUCCCCGAGAUCAUGCAGUCCACGUCCUUUCUGACCGCAAACGGAGGCCUGUACAUCGCCUUUUUCUGCAUACUUAGGAAGCUAUUGGGUCGUUUCUACUCCUGGACUGUGGGCUUUGGAGCUGCGCUGCCUGCCUCAUACAUCGCUAUUCUGAUAGAGCGCAAAAGCAGGAGAGGACUUCUGACGAUAUAUAUGGCAAAUUUGGCAACUGAAACAGUAUUCCGGAUGGCUGUCGCACGUGGCAUUGUUAAUCCUUUAAAGCACGGAGAGGUUUUGCUCUUCUGCUUGACUGCAUCACUCUACAUGUUUUUCUUCAGUGCGUUGUCUUCUUAUCUACCAUCGUCUGUCGUCCAGGAUAAGACCCGAGCAGAACGGCUUGAUUCCUGUGUCGUUUACUCCGCUUGUUUGUUAGCUAAAGAGGAUUAUGUGUUUGGCUGGGGCAGAUUUAUUGUAGGAAAGGAGGAGCUCCCCACACAUUCCUACCAGGCGGAGACCGCCAGCGCUUCUCGCUCAGAGAGGGCAGACGUCCCACCCAGCCCUCAGCCAGAGGAGGGACGGGUGUCGUCCCGAAGGGGGGCCAUCGCUGCCCUGACGCGCAGACUGCUAGACACUCUAUGCAAACAUGGACCUAGACAUAGAUGUUGCAAACACUACCAAGACAACUGCAUCUCCUACUGUGUUAAAGGCUUCAUCCGAAUGUUCAGCGUGGGCUACCUCAUCCAGUGCUGUUUGAAGGUUCCGUCGGCAUUUAGGCAGGUUUUCACGAAGCCCUCUCGCCUUCUGUGGCUGCUCUACAACAAGGAGAACUUCCAGUUAGGAGCAUUCCUCGGCUCUUUUGUCAGCAUAUACAAGGGAACCAGUUGCUUCCUGAGGUGGGUGCGUAACCUUGAUGACGAGCUUCAUGCUCUCAUAGCAGGCUUCCUCGCUGGCUUGUCCAUGUUCUUCUAUAAGAGCACCACCAUCUCAAUGUACCUCUUCUCGAAGCUGGUGGAGACAAUGUAUUUCAAAGGCAUCGAGGCAGGGCGCUUCCCCUACUUCCCUGAAGCUGACACAGUAAUCUAUGCCAUCUCGACCGCUAUCUGCUUCCAAGCGGCGGUGAUGGAAGUGCAGAACCUGCGGCCAUCGUACUGGAAGUUCCUGCUAAGGCUGACCAAGGGCAGGUUUGCUCUGAUGAACAGAAAAGUACUUGAUGUGUUCGGGACUGAAGCAUCUAGACACUUCAAAGACUUCACACCCAAACUGGACCCAAAAUACAUGAUGUUUCCUCCAGGCAUGGACGUGGAGCUGAGCUAGUGGACCAGGCCGACCGCCACCGUGAUGCUUACGCCACAUAACCAAAUUCUAGAGAGUUGGGUUUGUCUCUCACUUCUACCUUCGUACAAUGUGAACGGCAUCGCCUUGGUUGAGAGCAUAGCUUUUCUGGUGUUGCACAGAGGCAGUAUUACGUGUUCAUAUCUGCUCAUAACCCUCGGAAGUAAAUUGGAGUUCUUGGCAGAGCUGAUCAGUUUCACCUUUUAUGGCUUGUUUGCUUUUACACCAGUAGGUGAAAAGCCUCGUCAUUCACUCGAUACAAGCAAGACGGUAACUAUUAUAGUUAAAAUUCUGAAAAAUUGACACGAUGCCUCAAUUGGCAGGGAGAAUGUAGAUGUUUUAAAUUAGAGAUUUACAUUUUUUUUUAUUAUCAACCAUGACACUUUUUGAGUUCGACCUCUGGCUGUUUGUUGGGAUAGAACUUUUCUGACCUUCUGUUUGCUCCGUCUCAGUCUGUGAGGGCGGUUACUGGACGACUGUAAAGCAGGCCUUACUUACAUCAGGGUUUCCUAUGUUCUGUUUUUUUUUUUAGUGGUUUCUUUACUGACAUUUUCAGUAGUGCACAAGUUUUAUCCUAAUUUAAAAAAAAAAACAACUGGCACUGCCCAAGAGCUAAACUGAUAGGUUAUUGAUAGGGUAUUUACGGACCUUUGGAGAAAAAGCCAGAUAAUCUGGGGUGGAGGGAUGAUAAUUAAACACAUCAUAGCCAGAGUUCUCAGUAGCACAGAUUUUAUUUAAAUUAGCAAUAAGCAUCUAGUGUAAAAUAAUAGUGAUAUAAUCAAGUAUUGCUGUAUACAUGUAUGAAACUCUGUAAUUUAUGUAAAAAGAAAAAAGCAUAAUGUCUUUUGUUGAUGUUUCUAUAAGCGCAAAUGCUUUCUAUUAAAAAAAA